AUGCUGCGCUUGCUUCCUCGAGUCAUCAUUUCGGAGUCGAGACGAAACUCCAGUGGAAGCUUCUAUGCGGGCAGAGAUUUUGAUAACUACAAGAAGGGGUUCCUUACUUCUCUGAGAAGCAGCCACAAUUCAAAGGAGACAUGGAAGAAAAUCUUCUAUGUGGCUUCCAUCCCGUGUCUUGCCAUCACUAUGUAUGGCGCGUACAAGGAGCACAGCCACCACAAGGCACAGGAGAGGCCGGAAUAUGUGGAGUACCCGUUCAUGAAUGUGCGAAACAAGCCGUUCCCAUGGGGCGAUGGAAAUCACUCGUUGUUUCAUAAUCCACGCGAGCAGUAUGUUCCUGGCGUUGGAUUCGAGAAAGAGCGACACGAAAAGGAUUGA